AGCCGUGACAUGGUAAAUCCUAUUUUGUAAUCACUGUCGGUAGGUAGGCGUUGGCCUGCUUUAUGUUCUACCAAAUAACUUUACAGAUUGAUGGCUAAUUUACCGUCUUGUAGCUGACGGAAUCUCCGCAACACUCGUAACAAGAUGAGCGACCAGAAGGCGAAAGAAAAGCCGGACGAUACGGAAGACGGUGACCUGUCAGCGAGCGAUCUCAAGGGCGACAGACCGACGACGUCACACCCUGGCAGUGAUUGUGAGAUUGAACAUGACUCUGUGACAGAAAACAAAAGAUCCAAACCAAACCCUACCACUAAAGAGGAUCUGCACAAGUCAUCAGAUAUGACAACAGCACCUGAAGAUGAAAUCCAGCAAGUUGACAAAAAUAGAUCAAAUGAACACGAAGCAUGGGGACUUGUUGCUCCAAAAGCAGAGUUUGAAGACAUUGACUUAGAUUCCAAUGAGAAUACCAGAAAAUCUAACGUAACCCCUCUGGAUUCUGAAGGACUUGACAGUGUUGAUGGAGGCUUUGACGAUAAUGACUCACCACACAUUGAAAAACUAACUAUUGCAAACAAAGAUGAAACUGAUGCUGCAAGUGUUUUUUCUUUGUUUAUGGAGAAAGAUUUUCGUUAUUACUUUCAGCACCCCUAUUUUCGAUUAGUUUUGGCUUACUUAGUGACUUUUUGUAACUUUCUUAUUUAUGCCGAAGAUCCGGUUGCACAUAGCAUUAAAGAGAGCACAAUUCCCGUAAUCGGGAAUGAUUUUGCCUUUGUCUAUACACAUUAUCCACCAAAUGCAUGGAGCUUGCUCAAAGUGAUUUUCUGGCUCACGGGGAUUCUCUCUGGAAUGAUUAUUGGCAAAAUGAUUGUCCACACACUUCUAUUUAACAAACUGUUGCGUCUAAAAAUGUUUCAUGACGACCAGGGUUCUUGGCUGGUCAUGUUCCUCUGUGUCGUCCUCACUGUGUUUGUCAUGUCACACCUCUACAACGCCUUCCUGCUCAUCGGUGGGGAGUACAUGGAGCAGUUCAAGGUCACAGCUCUGAUGGGUAUCUCCAACUCGUGGUUCAUGAAAGCCGCUGCCUGCGGGACCUGGUGUGGCGAUUUCUUCACAGCAUGGAUGGUAACAGACAUGAUGCUCCAAGAGAAACUCUACCCAGGUUGGGCUGUGCGUGUGAGACAAUGGUGGAAUCGCAGAUACCACCGGAUCAUUUUGUUCUGGGUCGUCACCCUGGUUACGUCCUUUGUUGUCAUCUUCACCAUAUCAACGGAUUACAUCAGCUGGGAUAAGCUGAACCAUGACUUUCUUCCAACCAAUGAGUUGUCUCGAUCCUUCCUCGCUUCUUUUAUACUGGUGUUUGACAUCAUGAUAGUAAUGCAGGAUUGGGACUUCCCUCAUUUCAUAAGUGCCAUUGACAUCAAACUGCCAGGUUUGAACACCGCUCGCAUAGAGUUUGACAUACCAAAAUGUCUGAAACGAGAGGUGUGGCACUUCCACAUCACAGGCAAAUGGUUCAAUUACGGGAUUUUAUUUUUUGUUAUUCUCCUCGAUAUGAACAUGUGGAAGAACCAGAUAUUCUACACUCCAGUUGAAUAUGGUCAGUACACGGACACCGACAGCCGGAUUCACACAGUGCUUGACCAGUACAGUCUGGACACGUACAACUCAUCACUGCUGGCCUACGACUUCCGAAACAGCACCAUCAACCCAGCCACCAACAAGACCUUCAUCGCUGGGGACACCGUCAUGAACAGUCGCUUCUACAACUACUCUCUUACUCUGAAGGGAAUGGCCUUCAUUCCCAAUAUUGGAGUUUUCCUGCUCUUUGGAAUUCUCAUCUGGAUGUAUGGCCGAUUCAAACCGACGAAGGACGAUCCCUAUGCAGGCCGGCUGAAGAAACGCCGGAAGGGUUGGAGACGGUUUAGCGACCGGUUCAGGUGGAAGAACCUACGUAACCGAUUCAGAACAGCCCAGCCGAUACUGACCUAUUUUAAGAGAGGCGUAAAUAGACCUGUGAACGACGAUGGUGGCGUUAAGCGGGAUAACGAUGUUGAAAAUCAGCAGCCUAUAAAUAGCGUAAAUGUAGAGUAGAUGUGCCUGUCCUGGACGGAGGAGCUCCAACACCUGUGCCCAUUACAGGCAUGCACUACAACAGCUUGCUCUGAAUGUGCAUGUUAAAACCUAUGACCUGACCUGGCCUGACCUGACCUGACCUGUCAGUAGAUGUACCUGUCUUGGACAGAGGAGCCAGCAUGGG